UCCGGCAAAUGUCUCAGAACUUGUAGAUUUUUGUCUUGUUCGGCGGUGUUUUUCUUUACUUUGUUAUUUUCCCUCUUUCAUUUAUCAUCAACGCAUUUCUUUGGUUUAAUUAAUUAUUAUAAGAAUAUAAUGACUACCAUUCGUCCGUUUACUUGUUCGGAUUUAUUCAAGUUCAACAACGUCAAUUUAGAUCCACUUACCGAAACAUAUGGCCUGGCCUUCUAUAUGCAGUAUUUAGCACAAUGGCCCGAGUAUUUUCAGGUUGCCGAAUCACCCUCGGGCGAAAUCAUGGGUUACAUCAUGGGUAAAGCCGAAGGCAGAGCCGAGAACUGGCACGGACACGUUACAGCUCUGUCCGUUUCGCCCGAACACAGACGUCUCGGACUUGCUGCCAAACUUAUGCACACACUGGAGGAGAUUUCCGAACGUAAGAAGUGUUUCUUCGUCGACUUGUUUGUGCGAGUAUCGAAUAAAGUUGCCGUCGACAUGUACAACAAAUUGGGUUAUACAGUCUAUAGACGUGUACUGGAAUAUUACUCUGGACUGGACGACGAGGAUGCGUUUGAUAUGCGGAAAGCUUUAUCGAGAGACAAAGACAAAAAAUCUGUGAUACCCUUAUUGCAUCCGGUACGACCGGAGGAAUUGGAUUGACUAUGCAAUGCUUUCGUCAUGAUUAGUGUUCUAGUCAUGAUUCUCGCUCUUUUGCCCCUCUUUUACAACCACCCCACCUGACCGCCGAAACCUUAAUGCUGUUAAUUUAUAAAUCUGUUGCUAUUAAUUAGUAUUGGAAAUUGUCAGGGAUGUUACAAUUGUAUCCCAGUAAUCCUUUAUAUAAAUUUCAGAACAAAUGUCUUAUGUAAAAUAACAAAAAUUCUUGCUAUUG